AUGCAAGCGCCCGUGCCAGUCACGCUGCGUACGUUCAAUGAGCCGGUGAAGGCAUGUGGUGCUCCAUUGGCCACUACGUCAUCCGCGCCAAGUUUGUCUCACGAUGUGGUGCGGCCGUUGUUUCUAGGAUCAUUGGUGCUUGGCCUUCUACCAUCGAUUCCGCAGCGCCGGAAAUACAAAGUCGUGCCACUGGCAGAGGAGGAAAGCAAAUCGGAGGCUCCUGCGCCAAGUGAAUCUUCCUCAGAUGCAGGCCGUGUCAAGACAGUGGUUCAGCGCCUCACCAAUGCAGAGACUUCGCUCCAGCGCUGGAGUUAUGUGGCAGAGGUGAUCUAUACCUGGCUGGGAUUGAUCUCCUUAUCCGUGGCUGGCUGGGCCACUUAUUCUCUGGGAGGUCUUCGGAUCUUCAAUACCGCAGGGGGCUUGGGCAUUGUAUCAGUGGGCUUGAGUGUGGCGUGCUCCCUAGUUGGCUGGUUCCAAGCACGCAGCUGCAGGCACCUGGGCCGCCGCUGUGGCAUGGCGGCUGGCUCCCUGGAGCCUGGAGGACCGGUGAAUCCCAAGAUGUCGCUCCCUGCUCUAGCUGCCAUUGAAGCCAACCUCCGGGCACGGCAACGCACCGCAGCGCUGGGAGCGUUGUUCGCCGUGGUGGGACUGCAGAGCAUGGUUGGCCUCAUGGUGACCAAGGUGCUGGCUACCUCCGGCGGCUUCUCACCAUCACCAGGCAUCAAUCUUGACAUUUUUACCCUACUGGCGGUAUCCAACUCUGCCCUUGGGCAUGUGCUUGCGGGUGGUCUUGCAGCAGUGCAGCAAGGCUCCUUGCCCAAGAUCUCUAGCAGCUCGACGGAUCCCUUCCAGGGCUGGGCGCGCUGA